AUGUGUUUGUGUAUUUUAGUGUUGAUGAUGAAAGAUGAGAUGUGCUGUAAAUCAGUAGGAACUGAUCUGUCCAUGCUGGAUAUUGAUGAUUUCAUCACAGAAAUCUCUCAGCUGAAGAAAGAGGUGGCGUUACUGGAGACAAAGCUGAGGUUAAGAGGAGAUGAAGGACUGAAGAGAGAGGACUCCGAGCUCAGUCUGACUUUACUCUGUUAUACUGAGUCAAAGCCCACAGACGCUCAGGACACUACAGUGUGUGACAGUAAUCAGGGCUUACAGGAUGAGGAAUCUACUGAUCAAACCUCCACAGAGUCUCUGGAUUCUGUCUGGAACGCUGGAGAACAGCAGCAGAUCCUGCAGACCAAACCCAAGAUGUGUUCAGUCAAACUCAUCGACUGCAGGAACCUCAUUAUGGACAUCAAAACUGAACCCACAGCAGAUGAAGAUCACACUCAGGAAGAGGACAGUGAUGAUGAUGAUGAUGAUUUUAUUCCUUCAGAUGAGAGGAGCAAUUCAUUUUUGGAUGGAGAAAUAACGUCCUCAACAUCAAGAGAGCGACGGACAGCACAAACUCAAGAAAAGAAACUUCAUUCAGAAGAGCACAGAGAGAAGUUUCACUGUCAGCAGUGUGGGAAGGGUUUUGUCUUCUUAUCUCGGCUAAAAGUUCACAUGAAGACACACACUGAUUAUAAGUCUUUCUACUGCACUGAAUGUGGCAAGAACUUCAGCACCAAAAAAAGUCUUCAUUGUCAUAAGAGAGUUCACACAGGAGAGAAACCAUACGAGUGUCCUCACUGUGAGAUGAGAUUCAGCUACAAACAUCUUCUAAAGACACAUGUGCUUAUACACACCAAUGAGAGACCGUAUCAGUGCAGUGAAUGUGACAAAACCUUUAAGGAUUCGGGUUCAUUAAAAUCACACCAGAAUAUUCACUCUGAGAAGAAACGCUAUCAAUGUUCACACUGUGAGAAAGGUUUCAGUAGGAAAUCUCAGCUGAUAAUCCAUGAGAGAGUUCACACUGGAGAGAAACCUCAUCACUGUAGUGUCUGUGGGAAGAGUUUUAGACAACGUUACACUUUGGUGUCACACCUGAGAACUCAUACAGGUGAAAAACUUUACAAUUGCUCUCAGUGUGAGAAGAUGUUUACUCAGUCAAGUAACUUAAAAAUACAUCAGAGAAUUCACACUGGAGAGAAACCUCAUAACUGUAAUGUUUGUGGGAAGAGUUUUAGGCAACGGGCUAUUUUAGUGGUACACCAGAGAACUCAUACAGGUGAAAAACCUUACAAAUGCUCUCAGUGUGAGAAGACGUUUGCUGCGGCAGGUUCCUUAAAAGACCAUCAGAAAGUUCACACUGGAGAGAAACCUUAUGUCUGCUCAAUUUGUGGAGAGAGAUUUGCUUAUCCUAGAACUUUUCGGCAUCAUCAGAAGAAACAUACUGAAGAACAAACUACACUGAAAUCAUCAUAGUGUCUUAAAGUCUUUACAGACUGCUCAUGUCUAUUCGACAUGAAUGUUCAACAAAAAUUUUAUUUCUUUAAAUGACAUUAAAGGAGGUUAUUUGCCCCAUGAAAAAGCUAGUUUUUUUUUCUCGACCACUGUGUUAAAUUUUCCCUCUUUUAGUGUUAGGAUUAUUAACACCUCCUAAAUCUGCUUCUAGUCAGACAAAGUUAGUCAGAGCAUCUAGAACACAACUAAGAAUAUUCAAUAAAGCAUAUUUAUUUUAUUUAACUUCA